AAAUAAGUCACUUACACGUCUUUGUCUUCGUAUAGGCGGCAUUGACAGGUUUGGCGUUAAUGUUGCUCGUAACCAGCUCGAUAGAGCAACAAAAUGUUUCGUUAUUUCCAUCUCCCUCUCAUUCGAUUUUGCUGCCCAACAUGUCUACGACCAGCAACGAUUCAAUUUUAAUGGCAAACAAAACUGUGCAAACAGGUCAGUACUCGGCAGUGUCCACUGCCGUCAGUAUGUAUCACAAAUACAAAGCCAAGCAUAAACUAGAUAUAUUUGUUGGCUUUACACUAGAAGCGAAGUUAGUUCCAAGUAAGCACUUGAUUCCAGCGCACUUUGAAAUCUUAAGUCUCUCUGUUGGAAACAUGGCUUCACACUUGUUGACAAUUGUUGAGUAGAUUACUUGAAGUAAAAGUUGUCAAUCUCUCCGUUCAUUAGAAUCUUGGGACCGCUGCACGUGCACAUCGUGCACAAGGCUUCCAUUUCUUAUUAGCAAAGUGUGUUCACAAGUGUUGCGUAGCCCAUACUUGGAGGCGAACUUCGGCUUCUUUGAACUACGAACGUCUCCAUGGUCACCAAGUAAAGUUGAUGUAGGUACAUUUUACCCCUUCACACUCAAAGUAGGUUCCAAGUACACUUACCUUAUACCUGAAGAUCUAGUGUGAAGCCAAUAAUUGUCUUCUUUCAUGAUCAGUUUCAACUUCCACUGGGAUAAUGAGCUCUUCAGCGAAUGCAAGCUGGUCUAGUGAGACUGUUCUUAAUUCAGGUGCCUCUAUCAUCAGCCAGAUAACGGGAAGUACCAAGACAGAAAACAGUAAGUUUUUUUUCCGUAGACUACAUAGUUACUGUCAAACUCAGAAAACCGUGAACGCCUUAAAAUUUCAGGAAUGUUGAUUGUGUACUGGCAAAUCGCAAUAAAGUUCAGGACACGCGAGCAAACCUCGAAAACACAAACUAAGUUAUCUCGCGCCUUAUUGCUUUAUUUCUCGCAACACAAUAACAUUCCAUAAAUAUUUCUGGUGUUCACGGUUGUGUGAGUUUCACAGUAAUGUUCACAUUCUUUAAAUUGUAGAUCAAUAUUUGAAAAACACGCAUUAAUAAAAUGAAUUUGAAAGCAAUACCAGAGAAAAUGAUAAUUGAUGACAUAAUAGACCAUUGUAAUUGAAUAAUUUUGUAAAGAAGAAUGAUGAGAUGGGAUUAUUGCUAACCUUACGCGUAUCACAUGCUCAUUACCAAAAGCCACAACAAAUGCAAAAUUGAAAUUAGCGCGAAAAAAUUGCUGCUUGAUUGCAUCCUGUAACUUUUCUACCUUUUAUAAUUUUCCGAAAUUGUAUUUAAGUCCUUAGGAAAUAAGGAGAAAUCUUUAUUUUCAAUGCUGUGUUUGGCAUAAAAAAUAAGAAGCUGGCACAUUCUUAGUUUUAAUUUGUUUAACUUUCAAUCCACUUCAUGCCCAGCGACCAAAAGAUUGAGGGGUGUGUCAGGUCAAAGUAUAUACAACACUCACUUAUUGUUCAAAACACUGAAAUCUAUCUAAUCAGGAGGUAUAAGUGUCUGUUAGAGUUUGUUCCAUGUUCUGAUGGGAAACUGUGUUUGUAAACGGGGCGAAUAGUAUUGAAGAGGGAAGAUCUUUAGUGUUGGCGAGGAUAAACGAAGCCUGUGGUCCUUUACCUCUCCAAAAUGAAGGAAGCGUAGGGCAGAUAGAAAAACAUAACAAAAACAUAACGACAGAAUGACAAAGAUCAGUUCUUUCGUUAUACCGUUAUUUCCAAGUCGUUAUGUGAACAUGUUCACACCACAAACACAACGACAUAACCACCUUCUUAUGCCGUUAUGCCGCAAGUGUGAACCAGUCUUUAGAGCCCAUAACUGAAUAUUUUAUUUGUUCUCUUCACAGAUACAUUCUUUGUGGAAUUCAAAACGGAAGCUUCAAGAUGGAAUGAUGAUUUAACCAAAGAAUAUCAUGAUACAUAUAUCAAGACCGCUAAUAUGAUUGUUGAAAUAGUAAGUGGCGAAAAUUUUCCCUGUCAAAAUGGGUGCAGUAAAAACCCACGAGUAAGAACCUACAUUUUCUGGAGUUAGCCUAAAGAGGUUCUUAUUUAAAGGUCUCGGUAAAGGAAAACGAGGUGCCCACAGCAAAAAAUUCUACUCGCGCGAGUAUUUUCUCUACAAAGGCAAGUUAUAUAUCAAAUUAAAGCUAAAAGACUAAAUUACCUUAUAAAAGACUUUAUUUCAUCGAAUUUCAAAAGGCGCUUAAGUUUUUUGCUCUCGAACUCAGAGGUAUCAAGUUUACUGCUGAAGCUCCAGCCCUUCCGCGUUGUUAAAUAUUCACUUCCUUUUUAUUGCGUCUGAUUGAUAGAUAAAAGACCUAAAAAAGGGUGUGAGGAAAUUUGCAUUUGUCUCGUAUUAGCGGAAUUAUUGCAUUUCAAACUAAAAAGUCGAAUCUUGAGCGCGAUUUACGCAAAGAAACUGACAUAAAAUGAGUUACAAAGGGAAAUCGGAAAAUUCCUCACACCUUUUUUGAGUCUAUAUCAUUAUCCAUCAUAUCUGAAAGUUUCAAAGCGAUAGCUUAAAACCUGUCCCGACUGGAGGUCGGAGAAGUUUGCUUUUUGCGUCUAAAAUAGAGUGAGAGAAAAUCAGCUCUAAAGAUUUAGCGCGAGGUCCACGCUUGGCUGGUUAGCUCAGAAAAGGCUCACUUUAGAAGGGUUAAAAAGCACUUUCUAAUUUUCUUUUUCUGCCAAAAUAAAAUUUAGGACCCACUCAUGCCAAAAAUCCAAAAAAACCAAAAUCGAGCAAUGUACUAAAAUUUUCAUUUACCGAGACCUUAAAUGGUAGUUAACACAAUUUUAGGCUAUUUAGGUUCUUAAGUAGGUUCUUAUUUCAGUAAAAAAAAAAACAAAACAAGCUACAAAACAAGAUGGUAAUCAGCAUAUUUUUCAAUUUCAAAAUGCUAUACAACAAUAUUAAUCUCUUGCACUUUAUUUUUUACUACAUCAAUAAAUUAGCACUUUUAUUUGCACAGCAAUGCCAAGCUCCUAAUUCUCCAAACAGGAUUCUUGCACAGCUUUGCCUCUUCAUUUCACUAAUAUGAUUUUUCAUUUUCUAGGCUAAACAGGUUCUUCUUUAUAGGGGGUAUAAAUGGCAAAUUUUAAGCUAACAGGUUCUUAAUUCUCAGGUUCUUACUCGCGGGCUUUUACUGUAUUAUUUUCAUCUUCUUGGUGUUGUCAGUCCUUGUCUUCUUCUCAUUUCUUGCAGUAAUUCUUUGUUCUACGUCUUGGAAAAGUCUUAUUUCUAGCCUUUUUUUUCUAGUAGGCCCUCACUACGAUGACAACCACAAGCAAAUCUUUUAUUGUUUUUAAUAUUCUGCAUAGGCGUACGGGCAAUUUUUUGCCAGGGGGGGGCGGUAAACCAUUUGCCCAAAAAAUUCUCGCAAGUUGCCCAAAUUUUUACGAAACAGUAGAAAAGAAACGAGGGCCAUACGAUGCAAUAAUGUAGGCCGUACUGGCAUAUGAAGGUGGCUCGAUGCUAUGUUUUUCAGGGUCAAUACCUCCCAAUUUUGAGAAUAACUACGUCGCCAUAGACAAACAUUUGGAAAAAUUGCUACCAUAGUUUAAAGUUUAAAGUUUAAAGUUUACCAUAGAUAAAGAUGAAAAUUUAUCAUGAGCAGGGUUUUAAUGACGUCGGAAUUGUCAUAGCAACGAAAUGACGUCAUUGUCUAUUUUACUUGCAGCAAUAUUUCUCGGCACUGGGAACUGUUCCGACAAAAUUGUUCUCGGGAGCUUUUUUCUCCAAUAGUCGCCUCGAUAUUCGUGAAGUUAAAAAGGAAUCUAUAGGAGUGUUAUUGGGAUAUUUUGGGAUGAAGUUUUUAUCGUUAUAAAUAUGGUAAAAAAAAUCUUGAUGUUUGGCCGUUAUUUGUAGAAAACGAAGCUCUUUUGACAUGCAAUUUCACCUCAUGGUAGCUUCAAUCUUUUGAAAAAUGUGUGUAAAAGAUAUGAUCAUCGAGAUAGCUCCGGCCGAUUGCUAGAGACAAGGAUUUCAUUAGUAUCGAGGCGCUCUUGUUAGCGGUUUUGUAAACAUUUCGGUCUACUUUAAUAAAUUAUUGCUUGAUAGAUUUUUAAACAAAUUUAAUAUUCUUCUCGUAAUUCGAGCUGAGUACUAGUCAGCCACUUCUUCAUUUUCACACCCACUGUUGCUGAUGCUAUCUGCCAUACACUAUUCUACGAGCGGAGAUGAUUCUAGAAAGAUAUGCGGAAGUUUAUUCUAAUCAAUUCACGACUGGAAAGAGCCCAUUCCAAUCAGAGCAGUGCAGCACAGUGCUCAACAAUAAAAAACUAUAAAUAUGUAAAUCAACAAAUGAUACCCCUCCCUAUAACCAGAAACUCAUCACGUGCUAGGAAACCACUGUGAGUGUCUCGAGAGAAAGUAACUGGAUUAUUACGCUGACUUCAGGAUUUUUUCAGUUUAAAAUAGAAAAUAUUUGUCUCUUUAGAAUAAUAAAAAAAACAUGGAAACGUCUUUGAAAACUGGCUUUGCCCAAAUUUUCUCUUGCUGCCCAAAAAAUCUGAGUUGCCCAAAAUUUUGGGGGAGGCUGCAUUUCCGUUUUCAUCUCUCCACACGAGUACUGACCGGAAAAGGGGAAUUGUUUUGAGACUUUUCGGGGACCCUUUUUAUCAAGAUACAUGUGGACGGAAAGUUAUAGCCAGUUUCCGAUUCAUGAGGACAUGAAUUAACAUUGUCAUACUUUACUGCAUCCGUGAAUUACUGCAUGAAUUAACGUUAUAGAACUGCACGGGUCCCACUCAACUAAAAAAAUAUGACUGAAAGUCUUUUUCUUUAGUAAGCCGGGGCCAGAAUCAAUUAAUAUCUUUCCUUUUUUAGGUAGACGAGCUCCAUUCAAAUAUGUCUGCGUAUGAAGGUAGUUUUGUCAUUAGUUUUAGGUAAGCGUGUUUUUAAUUCCUUGUUUCUCGUUAAGGCUACAAAAGGUUCCCCCAUCCUGUCAAGUAACAGUCCUCAGUGUCACUUUAACGCUAUUUUUAAAACAGGGAAGGUGUGUAUGUUUCGCUAAAGCUGCAGUUUAAGGGAGGAGACAUCAAUAACCUCCACGUUUUCAUCGACUUUUUACGUGCUGGUGGAGGGCGCUCACUGCGGACAGACAAAGUUUAUCUGAAGCUUGGAAAGACAGGUAAAUGUAUUCAUAAGACCGUAAAUUGUUACUCUUGACGAAGUGAAGACAAAUUUUACAACUUUGUUUUUAUUACCAUAGAAGACAGUCUAGUUGCCUAAAGAGAAACAGUAAGGAUAAAAUGAAUUUGAAGCGUUAUAUAUUUAGGAGUAUCAAAAAGCGCCAGAAACAAAGCUUUGGAGAAAAUUACCUGUGUCUAUGGAAAGACCUAAGCUUGUGUAAUGUAAUGAAAAGGGUUCUCCUUUGCUGUUCAGGUGUAUGUCAGACAAACGAGUUGUUCUGUCAUGUUCAAUCCAUUUCUUCCGUUUUUUCGUUCUCUUCGUUUCCUCCCUUCUUAUCAACACCAUUCUAUUGAAAUGUGAACCUUCUUAAAUUUGGGCCUUCAAGAAAUUCUUAAAUAGCUCUUUUUACCUUUCCUACCAUUGUUUACUCAAGAAUAUACCACAAAAAUAUCAACAAUGCCAAUGAGCAAAUAAUAAAUAAUGAAAAGGUGUAGUUGAAUUCCUGCAGUUUUUAUUCAGGAAACUGCUUCACAUUACUUCGUAAACUGGGGGUAAUACCCCCAGCCCAGCUUGUGAGCGAGUGUUACGAAGGCCCUUCCAUCGUAAAAUCAAUUGCAAAAUACCGGCGACCUAGCCUUAAAAGAAGUUUAGUCGCGUUUUAAAAUACAUUGGUCAUGAGCCAGUCAAUGCGACAAGUCAUUGGGCUGAGCACAGAAUUUUUCCAAACUUUGAGUCAGGAACGGCAUAAAAAAGAGUGCACUUUAACGGUUGAAUACACCUGCAAGCAAGGUUUACAUAAAAAAAAACUGGCUCCUAGCCGCCUACGUUGAAAGCUGAAUACUAGAGAUUUUCUUGGUUAAACCUUCUCUUGUACCACCCAAAUAAUUGAAAGUUUACCUGAAAUUGUAAACUAACAUGAUAUAACAACCCUGAAUAGGCAAUUGUCAUAUUUUAUACCCGAUUUUGUCUAAAAGAUCAAAGGCUUUCCACUGAAGGAAAAAUCUUUUCAAGGUACUGCAAAAUGAAAAAAAACUUGACGGAGGGGUUCCAAUCCCCUCCCACCCCCCUUGUGCCACGGUGGGUGUGCGUCCGAGGGUUGAACCAGGGAAAAUAACAAUCUAUUCAACCUUAUCUGGGUUUUCUUCUCCUCAAGACAACAAAGUGAGAUCGGAAACAUUUGUGACGUCCCCCAACCAUAGGAAAAAUGCCUGACCAUAUUCUAGAAAAAGAUGCUACACUGGCGCCCGCUGGGCGAGUUAUGUUGCUGGCCUAUUGCUCCUAAUGUCUAUUAUUAUACCAACUGACGAUGUUCUUUAUUCACUUUUAGCUGACUGUUUUAUAGCUUAUAUCAACACGAAACUAUGUGACUGCAUGUCGAUGACUUAUAAACGCCAAAUUACAUGCCGUCAGCCAGAGAUAUAUGGUGGCAAGGACUGUCCAGAAGAGUGCGACUCUGGGCAUGUAAUUGCAGGCUCAAUCUCUUGUUCAUGGGACGACUUAGAUGCCAUGAAGUGUAAUGCUGAAAGAGUAAAGCCUUUAAGCAUAAUGACAGCGAUUAUACUCAUCUACACGAGAUGUCUGUUAGAAGGUCGUUUGACAUAAUCACUCGUUUUCCCUUUUCUUGGUAAAGGUCCCACACCAGAAAAUAUGUUCCUACGCAAUAAAAGUUCUUGUAAAAUGGCAAAGCGUGCUUUUCUUUGAAGGUACA